AUGCUUUCUUCAAUGCUCUCUCUCCGUCAUGCCUCACGACAAUAUGGCCCCUCUUUACUCUUUUCUCGGCGCGCGAUGAUGUCAGCGUACCGUCCGAAUCAGAGUCUGUCGGUAGUGGAUUCCCCGCCUGUCGCUGUACCGUCGGGGUCGUCGUCAGCGACAACGCUUGACCCUAGUGCAGCUGCACCGCAGGUUGUUGCUCGGCCGCCUCCUGUUCCCAAGGCGGAGAAACCUAGACCGAAGAUUAGAGCGACCAAGGCUGCGCUGACGAUAACACCAGAGGCGGUAGAACGCCUCAGGGCAUUACUACGUGGCCCAACGCCGCAGCUCAUCAGGAUUGGUGUUCGCAACAAGGGGUGUGCCGGACUUUCAUACCAUCUAGAAUAUGUGGAGGAGCCGGGCAAGUUUGACGAGGUUGUAGAACAGGAUGGCGUCCGUGUGGUCAUAGACAGCAAGGCGCUCUUCUCAAUCAUAGGGAGCGAGAUGGAUUGGAAGGAGGAUGCUUUAAGCUCAAAGUUUGCCUUCAAGAAUCCAAACAUCAAGGAUGCUUGUGGGUGUGGCGAGUCAUUUAAUGUCGCACCAUCGGCGCAACCAUGA